AUGUCUGUUGUUGCAGUAUACACUCCUACUGAAGUGUGUGAAACUGAAGAGGAGAUAUUUUACGCUAAACUCGACUCUGUACUGGACCAGUGUCCCUGUCGUGAUACACCUAUUGUCUUGGGUGACUUUAAUGCUGUCAGUGGCAUUGAAAGAGUUGGAUACGUGUUAUGUGUUGGUCCCCAUGGCUUUGGUACCAGAAACGGCAUCUCCUUUCUCAAUCUUGCAAGAUCCAGAAGGUUGAGAAUUGCAGGUUCCUGGUAUCAGAGACCGGUGUUGAAGCGCUGGACUUGGUAUAGCAUUACUGGAGGAGUAGCGAAGGAGAUCGACCAUAUCCUUAUCAGUACUCGUUGCAGGAUCCUACAAAACUGCAUAGUUGUUCAGAGUGCCGAGUUCUUUGCAACUGAUCACAGGCUUGUCCUUGUUACACUCAAACUGCAUGUCAAGUCCAGGAAGCCUCCAAGAUGUGACCACACUGUAUUUCAUCUUGAUAAACUCAAGGAUUUGAAAUGUGCCAAGGAGUUGGCAGUGACAGUCUCCAAUCGGUUUGGAAUGCUCGACACCAUCGAGGACCCGGUAGAACUGUGGAAUACCUUGAAAUGUGAGACUUGGGGCUGCCAAGGAAUGCGUUGA